CUCAAAAAAUCAAAAUCCACCGCAAUGGAGAUGACGGAGGAUGAAAUAAACAUCGAGUUUCCGCCAUUUUCCGCUCCUCCAUGGGUUACGGUUUCCCCGUUUCCUCACCCCUCGCCCCGCCGACUAUCCAGCCAGUUUACCCCUCCAACCCGACCCAUUCAAUCAGUGAAGAAUCUGGCGUGGGUGUCUUUACAAGGAAGGAUUGUCGGAGCAGAAGAAGCGAGUUCGUAUAAAGCAAUUGGUGGCGGGUUAAAGGAAAAAGAAGCCGUUGCGUGGGAGAUGUUCAGUCCGAUGCAUAGGGUUUUGAUUGUGGCCGUUAUUGCUGUUGCGGCUGGGUAUUCGAAAAAGAAUAAAAUUAUUGCUCACUUAAAAAGAUCUGUUGAAAUCAGGGAUCAGGUGCUGUUAGGAAUGCAAGAAAAGCUUGAUAACCUAUGUAAGCAGGUGAAUUAUUUCACUGAUAAGCCUGAUAUUUCAUCAUAUAGUGUCGAGUUGUCUAGCAACGGGUGUAAGCAUUGUGAUUUCUGUCAGGUUACACCGGAGUAUAAAGAAGGAGAGUCUGCUACAAAAGUAGUAGACAAUGAUGACAAUAUCAAGUUUAAAAUGGGCAAUGAUGUUGAACAAGAAGAGCGUCGCAUGUCUGAUUUGUCGGAUUGGGCUCCUAGUGUCAGCUCGUCAGUAGAUGUUCAGUGGAAUACUCCAGUGGAACAAGAUAUUGUCGAACUUCAGAAGGAAUGCGAAAAGAAGGAUGAAACCAUUAAAGAGUUGUCUGCUUUUCUCAAUUCAGCUGAAUCUCAUCAUUCGAAGAGAAUUACAGAACUGGAGGAUAUCAUCCGCAGGAAAAACAUGUUGAUCACAAAGCUUAGGAAGGACAUGAUGGUUCUUGAACAAAAGGUGAUUCACCUCACAAGGCUCAGAAGACCGUCUUCCUCCAAGUCAAGUUCCAGCUCAAAGAAGCUUCCUGUGAUGGCAGACAACUUAAUAUAUGACAUGGAUAGUACAACCAGCCCAUCUGAUGAUUCUGAUUCCUCUGUCAAAAAGAAGCAACGGGCUCCCAUGUUUAAGAACAUUAACAAAGAGGAACAUGAUGCUGCUAUUUUGAAUAGACAGAAACCGACAUUGCUCAAGAACUCUGAUCUUAGAGUCAACUCAAGUAAACAACAUUUACGAUCCAUUAGUCCUCUGAGAGAGUUAUCUCUGAAUCAACAAGCACAUUCGGUCUACGGGUCAAAGUCAAAGUCUAAGGAGUCAAGAUCUGGUUCUGCAGGUAUUAAUAAGAGUAAAAAUGGUACAAGUUCAAACACAACCAUAUCUAGAGUACCAAAGCGAUGGGCUUAAAUAAUUUUAUCAAGACAUGAGUAUCAUAUAUCGGUAGUCAGCACAAAGAUUUUUAGUAGCUACAAUUGAACAAAAUAUUUUAUUUUAUUUUUGGCUCAAGUUGCUUGAAACUUGUUGAACAAAAUGACUCUACUCUACAUCUCGCCUCACCCAUACCCCUUGAUUGACAGGUCGGGCAUUCCUAUUAUUU